ACAAGUCUGGGAUACAUGAGUUACUGUCUAAGCUUCAUAGGUUGUAGUAUGGAUUAACUUAAAUUCAUAUUAAUGUUCGGCACGCUGACUGAGGCUCUAACAAUCCCAAUUCCUCUUUGGUCUGGGGAAGCAGCGGCUAGGGCUUAUAAGGACAACACUAUUAGAAACGGGUGUGACAUGAAAAUCUUUAAUUAAGUGUCAAAUCAAUCUGGCUGUAAGACAUGUCUAGAGACACCGCAGACACUGAACGCUCAGCAUUCAUUACGCCUGACUAAACGUUUGGAGAAACUGAGAGCUACAACUCCCAGGGUGCACCACACCUUGACCCGCCCACAACGCUACGCCUCUCAAAUUCACUAACCUCCAAUGGGCAGGCUUCCGGACUCAAACUACAAACCCCAGAAGGCCCUACACCAAGUGUAAUAUCACCCUCAAUUUAAGACCGGGAUCUGCGGCGUAUUGGCUGUUGGGAAAUGUAGUUCGACGGUGGCCGAGCCAUUCAGUGCCAGUGGCCCUCUCCAAGAUGGGUGAAAUUGUAGCGCUUGAGUUUUAGUUCCUCUAACAGUCCACCCAGAAGCGAAAACUGCCUUAGCAAGGCUCUGAAAGACGCUCCUGGGCUAGGGCUGUUUUGCGAAGGUGCCUCAUUUUACUGCCUUCCCUAGCCUUUACCAUCUUGCCAAUUAAAGGGUGACAUUCCUGCAUAAGCCUAUCCUGUUAAAAAUGUCCUUGCCACUUACAGAGGAGCAGAGGAAAAAGAUUGAAGAGAAUCGGCAAAAGGCUUUGGCCCGUCGGGCUGAGAAGUCAGCAGAUCAGCCACAGAGCACAGCUUCAGGCUCCUCUGCUGCGGGGCCAUCCCAGUCCAAGCAGGCCUCUCUCCUGAAUCUCCUAGCAGGGCCUUCAAAGCCAGCAGGCCAUGCUGCUAUUUUCAAUCAACAGAAUCUCAAUAAUUCAUUUGCUACUGAUCAGAGACCUCACAGCUCCCACUGUUCUCAGCCCAGCCCAGCAGCGGAAGCAAAGGGACUAUGGAAGAUCCAAGGAGAGAUGUCCACAGCCUGCCCAAACCCUAACCCCAGUCCUCCAGAAGUCUCUAACCAACAGCUUUUGGGUUAUAAAUCCAGUGAGGGACAUCCCCAAGCAGCCCAGGAUACAGCAGCUUCCUCUGCUGGCCCAUUUCCCAGGGAUCCUGAGUUAGAGGCCAAGGCAGUGAGGCCUUCCACCUCUGGGCAGAGCAUUUCGGACACCUUUUAUGCCUUAGGGGUGAAAACACCUAGGACAGAAGGGAGACCUCCAAAAACACUGCAAGCCUCAUCCCAAAACGCAAGCUGUCUACGGGGAACGUGCAUAAGGACUGGGAGUCGCUUCCGGGUAAAGAUCGGCUACAACCAAGAGCUCAUUGCCGUGUUUAAGUCUCUGCCCACCAGGCGCUAUGAUCCUUUUACAAAAACCUGGGACUUCAGCAUGAGCGACUACAAAGCCUUGAUGAAGGCAGUUGAGCGGCUCUCCACGGUCUCCCUGAAGCCAUUGGAAGAGGUUGGUGGCACUGUUGGGAUUCAGACCAGCCUUCCCUCAGCUCCAUCCCUUUCCUUUGUGACAGGGAGAUGCAUGCUCAUCUCCCGAGCCCGCUUUGAGGUCGACAUCGGCUAUUCGGAGGUGGUGAUUGGCCUGUUUAAACAGAUGGAGUCCAGGAGUUACGAUGCCAGGACCAGGAAGUGGAACUUUCUCUUGGAAGAGCACAACAAACUAAUUGCAAGGUCACGUGAACUCAAGCAAGUUCAGCUGGACCCUCUGCCCAAGACAGUGACCCUGGCAUUUGCCUCUCAGCUGGAGAAAACGUCUCCCAAACUGAAAGUAGACGUGCCAGAAGCUGACCUUUCUGGAGUGGAUGCCAAGCUUGUGUCUAACCUCAUGCCCUUUCAGAGAGAGGGAGUUAGCUUUGCCAUAUCAAAAAGAGGCCGCCUGCUACUUGCCGAUGACAUGGGCCUAGGGAAGACCAUCCAAGCCAUCUGCAUAGCAGCUUUUUACCGAAAGGAGUGGCCACUGCUGGUGGUCGUACCUUCCUCUGUGCGCUUCACCUGGGAGCAGGCCUUUCUUCGGUGGCUUCCAUCUCUUAGCCCAGAGAACAUCAACGUGGUGGUGACCGGGAAGGGCCGCCUAACAGCUGGCUUGGUCAACAUUGUCAGCUUUGACCUUCUUUGCAAGUUGGAGAGGCAGCUGAAAACCCCUUUUAAAGUCGUCAUUAUUGAUGAAUCACACUUCCUCAAAAACAGUAAGACUGCCCGCUGCCGAGCCACUGUGCCUAUCCUAAAGGUUGCCAAGAGGGUGAUCCUGCUGUCGGGCACACCUGCCCUGUCUCGGCCUGCAGAGCUCUACACACAGAUCAUUGCUGUCAAGCCAACCUUCUUCCCUCAGUUUCAUGCCUUUGGACUUCGCUACUGUGAUGCCAAGCGGCUCCCUUGGGGCUGGGAUUACUCAGGCUCCUCCAACCUGGGUGAGCUGAAGCUGCUGCUAGAGGAGGCAAUCAUGCUGCGGCGGCUCAAAUCGGACGUGCUUUCCCAGCUUCCAGCCAAGCAACGCAAGAUGGUGGUGGUCAACCCUGGUCGGAUCAGCUCCAGGGCUAAGGCAGCCCUGGAUGCAGCAGCCAAAGAAAUGACCAAGGACAAAACUAAGCAGCAGCAGAAGGAAGCUCUCCUUGUCUUCUUCAACAGAACGGCAGAAGCUAAAAUCCCGUGUGUCGUUGACUACAUCCUGGACCUGCUGGAGAGCGGACGAGAGAAGUUUCUAGUGUUUGCACACCAUAAGGUGAUUCUGGAUGCAGUUGUUAAGGAACUUGAGAGGAAGAACGUUCAGCACGUCCGGAUUGAUGGCUCCACCCCCUCAGCAGACCGGGAGGCUCUGUGCCAGCGGUUCCAGCUGUCCAAAGGGCACACAGUAGCAGUGCUGUCCAUCACAGCUGCCAACAUGGGCCUCACCUUCUCCUCAGCUGAUCUGGUGGUGUUUGCUGAGCUGUUCUGGAACCCAGGGGUGCUGAUGCAGGCUGAGGACCGUGCCCACCGCAUUGGACAGACAAACUCUGUGGCCGUCCACUACCUAGUGGCACAAGGCACAGCAGAUGACUACCUUUGGCCUCUGAUUCAAGAGAAGAUUAAAGUUCUGGGGGAAGCUGGGCUUUCUGAGACCAAUCUCUCGCAAAUGACGGAAGCUGCGGCGGACUACCUCUACAAGGACCCAGAGCAGAAGACGAUCUACGACCUGUUCCAGCAGUCCUUUGAAGACGAUGGAAAUGACAUGGAAUUCCUGCAAGCAGCAGAGUCCUUUGAACUAGGAAGUACUUCAGGCACCUCUGGAAGCGGUUCCCAGGAUCUGGGAGAUCUCUUAGAUGAAGAUGAAGGCAGUCCACCAAAGAAAAGCAGAUUUGAAUUCUUUGAUAACUGGGACAGCUUUACCUCUCCCUUUUGAAAGGGUCAAAGAAAGAAAAGAAAACAAGCAUUCAAACAAUCAUGGGACUCACUGAAAUAAAGUAUUUUAUUUAAAAGCCUGUAUUCCUUUUGUCUUGCAGCAGAAGAGUCCAAGGCCAGUAGGUGCCAGUAUCUCUUUUCCUGUGUUCCUAGACAGGGGCCUGCUUGGAGGCAUAAUUAUUUUUAGCUUUUCUGGGUUAAAAGAUACCAUGGCUUAGAGUAGUCAUAAUUGACAUUCUUAAAUAAUGAGGUGCUUCCUAUACAACACCCCCAAUAUCGAGUUAAAAAUUUCAACUAGUACAUUUAUUAAGUACCUCAUAGUACAGGCACUCUCCAAGGUAGUAACCUUCCAAACUAAAGGCAAAGCCUUUGUGGGGUUUAUCCAACAGGAAAAGCAGCAGUGAUGGCGAGUCCUCUUUCCUAAUACAGAAAAGUUCUGUCUAUGGACAUGAGAUGUACUCACAUCGUGAAUUUUAUUUUGAUUUUUAAAACCAUCACAAGUGUGAAAAAACAUCCUGAGGUUGCAAACUUGGAUGCAAGCAGUGGGCAGAUACUGCGCAUGGCCAUAGUUUCCCAGCCUCUGAUUGAGGCAAGAUAGUCCAAUAGUGAUAGACUGCAAACCACAGUGUGGUUUCACUUUUCUAAUAUUUACAUUUAGAAGCAGAAGCAAUGUAUUUCCCCUACUAUAGUUACCACACUAACAUAAAAACUUGAGGUUUUUGAGACAGGCUUCCUUUCAUGUAUCCCAAGUUGGUCUCAAACUUGCUUAUGUAUCAAAGGAUAACCUUGAACUGCUGACCUUCCUCAGGGCUGGAGGUAUGCACCCCUCUCCCUACCCACUCAUUAAUGGAGACAGCAUUAGGGAAAACAUUCUUUGGGAUGAAUUAAGGACCAGAAAAUGAAGGGGGUUUUGUUUUGAGAACAGAAAGGAACACUUGAUUGCCACUUCUACAUCUCUCUGCAUCUGUGCUGUGUGUGUUUGAUAUCACAUGCUUUGAGAAACAUCAGGAAGUUCUCCCCCAUGACCUGAGGCUGUCUUUAGGGACAUGAGACCCCCCUAGAAAAACGGAGAACACUGUAAAAGUCGAUGUUUUUCCUCCUGGCCCCAGGCUCCCAGAAUGAUGACUGUGAGACCUAGGCCAAUAAGCUUUGGCUGGUUGGAUCAUAACUUAAUACCCAUUUAUUCCAAGUUCUGCCAUGUGGCUGGUUACUUCUGCUCAGCUCCCAUGCCUCUGACCUCCAUGUCCCCAGGCAGAUCUUCCUGAACUUGCCUAAAUCCCAGAAUUCAAUCUCCCAACUGGAUGUCCCACUUUCUAUUUGCUGCCUAAACUUAUAGGCUAAUCAGCAUGUUAUUGACAGGUGCUGCAUCCAAGACUGCUCCUUUUUUUCUUUUUUUGCAAAAUGGAUACAUCCAGUCUGAUCAUCUGUUUACUCUUUCCUUCCACUUCCCACCAAGUCAGUCCAAGAAUAGCUCCGUAAGGGGCUUGGAAGGUGCCUUAAUGUUGAGCUUUAUUCGUCUGGAGUGAGAUAGGUGAAGGUUCAUUCCCCCCCCCCCCAUGACAAUGCAGUUAUUCUCAGUACCACAUAUUAAAAGACUGUCCUUCCAGCUGUCAAUCUGUGGAGACAUUUACUCACUACUAUAUAUUUGAUGUAAAAUUAUUCUAGAAAUAUACAUUAUAAGUGAAAAAAUGAAGGUCCUACAUUCUCCCUCAUCCCUAGCCUACUAUUUCUUGAAGGUGAUGACUAAUAUAAUUUGAGAUGGAGCCAUUUGUGACUUAUUCUGUAUAUACCUAAAAGUUGUUUUACAAAAAUUGUAACUGAAUUUAUUGAACUGCUGUGGUCCAUUUCCUAUGAUACACUUGCCCACUGUUUUAAGUUGGUCUACUCUGUCUCCCUUUAAGUGACCUGUGACCCUGUCAGAUGCCUUCUUGGUAUUGACCCUGUAAUAAAACCUGGGUGAUUUUCUUAAAUGAAUCAGAGAAGCUACAAAAGAAAAGGAUAUAUGUAUGUGAAUCUGUGAUAUAUGUCCAUCUCUGUGUCCAGAACUAGCUACGGAGGCAUCAACAGGUUGCUGGACAUUCCUGUGACUCUGGGAUAAACCUUUGUGUCUGUGUCAUGAGAUGAACUUGUGCCCCAGAUGGCUUUUAAGAAUAAAGUGUUGCAUAUGCCCUAAGA